GCUGGUCACGCUGCGCGCUCUCUCCGGCCUGUGCCCCGUUCGCCGGCCCCAUCAUGCUGUCUCUAGACUUUUUGGACGAUGUGCGACGGAUGAACAAGCGGCAGCUUUAUUAUCAAGUCCUAAAUUUUGGAAUGAUUGUCUCCUCGGCACUAAUGAUUUGGAAGGGGCUAAUGGUAAUAACUGGAAGUGAAAGUCCAAUUGUCGUGGUACUCAGUGGCAGCAUGGAACCUGCAUUUCAUAGAGGGGAUCUUCUGUUCCUAACAAAUCGAGUCGAAGAUCCCAUAAGAGUGGGAGAAAUUGUUGUUUUUAGGAUAGAAGGAAGAGAGAUUCCUAUAGUUCACCGUGUCUUGAAAAUUCAUGAAAAGCAAAAUGGACACAUCAAGUUUUUGACCAAAGGAGAUAAUAAUGCAGUUGAUGACCGAGGCCUGUAUAAACAAGGACAACAUUGGCUAGAGAAAAAAGACGUUGUGGGAAGAGCAAGGGGAUUUGUUCCUUACAUUGGAAUUGUGACAAUCCUUAUGAAUGACUAUCCUAAAUUUAAGUAUGCAGUCCUCUUUUUACUGGGUUUAUUUGUACUGGUCCAUCGUGAGUAAGAAGUCUGCCUUGCCGUUCCUGGGAAGAUGCCGUACUUCUUAUUAUUGGACUGUUUGGAAUAGAUACUGGUCUGUGAUUGGUGGGAUGAAGAACACACAUGCUGACGCUUCUUGGUAGCACUGGUUUGCAUUCGUUUAUGUUUCCACGCCAAAGUGUGUGUGGGCGGGUACAUGUGCACCUCAGAGUGCACUCGAGGGGACUUUCAGUCACAAAAUUUCAUAUGUUGUCAUUGUCACACUUUCACAUUUUUGUACAUCAGUGAAUUUUUUAUAUUAAAAAGUUAAGCCAAAGCCCCCAGUGUUUGUAUUUUGAAGCCAGGGCUUCACUUCUAAAGUGCCUCCAGAGUUCUGUGAUGAGAAUGCAGCUUUGCAUUUUCAUGGGAAGUCGCCAUUCCCCCAUGUAGUGGAAUGGUCUGUACUGAGGUGGCCGUAAGUCUUAACUUUUCACAAUUUUGAAUAAAAGACUUUGCACAUUGAACCCCUUA